UUGACUUAAAUUCCACCGAAGCCGGCGCCGCGGCCGCCCGCCGCUCGGGAUCUGCUCGCUGUGUUUUUUGCUUUCUCCAUUCUUUCUUUAAAAAAAAAAAAAAUAGCAAAACAAAACCAGCCAGCCAACCAAGAAUCCGGUUUGUUGAUAGCCUUAUUUUUUUUUUUUUCACCGUUUGCGGGAUUUGCAAACCGAGUUACAUGCAUGUCCAGUGGGGGUAGGUUUAAUUUUGACGAUGGAGGGUCCUACUGUGGAGGCUGGGAGGACGGCAAGGCGCACGGCCAUGGCGUCUGCACCGGCCCCAAGGGCCAGGGCGAAUACACCGGUUCGUGGAGCCACGGCUUCGAGGUACUGGGCGUCUACACCUGGCCCAGCGGCAACACGUACCAGGGCACUUGGGCGCAGGGCAAGCGCCACGGCAUCGGCCUGGAGAGCAAGGGGAAGUGGGUGUACAAGGGCGAGUGGACGCACGGAUUUAAGGGGCGCUACGGGGUGCGGGAGUGCACGGGCAACGGGGCCAAGUACGAAGGGACCUGGAGCAACGGGCUGCAGGACGGCUACGGCACCGAGACCUACUCGGAUGGAGGGACCUACCAGGGCCAGUGGGUCGGUGGCAUGCGCCAAGGAUAUGGUGUGCGACAGAGUGUCCCCUAUGGCAUGGCGGCGGUCAUCCGCUCGCCCCUGAGGACAUCCAUCAACUCUCUGCGCAGUGAGCACACCAAUGGCGCCGCGCUGCACCCUGACGCCUCCCCCGCGGUGGCCGGCUCCCCAGCUGUGUCCCGAGGGGGCUUCGUGCUUGUGGCCCACAGUGACUCUGAGAUCCUCAAGAGCAAGAAGAAGGGGCUGUUCCGGCGCUCGCUGCUGAGCGGGCUGAAGCUGCGCAAGUCGGAGUCCAAGAGCAGCCUGGCCAGCCAGCGCAGCAAGCAGAGCUCAUUCCGCAGCGAGGCCGGCAUGAGCACAGUCAGCUCCACGGCCAGCGACAUCCACUCCACCAUCAGCCUGGGCGAGGGCGAGGCCGAGCUGUCGGUCAUCGAGGACGACAUCGACGCCACCACCACUGAGACCUACGUCGGCGAGUGGAAGAAUGACAAGCGGGCGGGCUUCGGCGUGAGCCAGCGCUCUGAUGGGCUCAAGUAUGAGGGCGAGUGGGCCAGCAACCGGCGGCAUGGCUACGGCUGCAUGACCUUCCCCGACGGCACCAAGGAGGAGGGCAAGUACAAGCAGAACAUCCUUGUGAGCGGCAAGCGCAAGAACCUCAUCCCGCUGCGCGCCAGCAAGAUCCGCGAGAAGGUAGACCGGGCUGUGGAGGCGGCGGAGCGGGCUGCCACCAUUGCCAAGCAGAAGGCGGAGAUUGCGGCCUCCAGGACCUCCCACUCCCGGGCCAAGGCCGAGGCGGCCCUCACCGCAGCCCAGAAGGCUCAGGAGGAAGCACGGAUUGCCAGGAUCACUGCCAAAGAGUUCUCACCUUCCUUCCAGCACAGGGAAAAUGGGCUCGAGUACCAGCGGCCGAAGCACCAGGUUUCCAGUGAUGACAUCGAGGGGAUCUCCAUCGGGACGCCCAUGCAGCAGGAGAGCCCGGAGCUGUACCGCAAGGGCACCACCCCCUCGGACCUGACCCCCGAUGACAGCCCCCUGCAGAGCUUCCCUGCCAGCCCCUCAGCCACCCCACCGCCGGCCCCUGCCUCCAGGAACAAAGUCGCCCACUUCUCAAGGCAGGUAUCGGUGGAUGAGGAGCGAGGCGGGGACAUCCAGAUGCUCCUGGAGGGCAGAGGAGGGGACUACAGCCGCAACAGUUGGGGUGAGGAAAAGGCGGGGGGCUCCAGAGGGGUCCGCAGCGGCACCCUCCGCAGUGGCCAGCCCGCAGAGGACUUCCGCACCCGGGGCUCCGGCCACAAGCAGCCUGGCAACCCCAAGCCCCGGGAGCGGUGGACGGAGUCGCCCCCUGCGUUCUCCUGGACUUCCCACCCUCGGGCUGGCAACCCCGGCUCAGGGGGCGCCAAGCUGCUGGAGCUGGAUGAGGAAAAGCUGAGCAACUACGAGAUGGAAAUGAAGCCCCUGCUGAGGGUGGACUCGCAUGUGCAGGAAGCGCACCCCCAGAAGAGACGCUACAGCAGGGGGGCUGCCUGCCGCGGCCAGGGCGAGGACCGGGGCUUCGGGGUGCAGAGACUGAGGUCCAAGUCCCAGAACAAGGAGAACGCCCGGCCGGCCGCGAGCGCGGAGCCCGCGGUGCAGAGACUGGAGAGCCUGCGGCUGGGCGACAGGGCCGAGCCCCGGCUGCUGCGCUGGGACCUGACCUUCUCCCCGCCCCAGAAGUCCUCGCCUGUGGCACUGGAGUCCGACGAGGAGAACGGGGAUGAGCUCAAGUCCAGCACGGGCUCGGCUCCCAUCCUGGUAGCCAUGGUGAUCUUGCUCAACAUCGGAGUCGCCAUUUUGUUUAUUAACUUUUUCAUCUGAUGAGGUUGUCACAUUAGCAAAAAUACCAGUUGGUGUGCAAAAGGGGAACGUUAAA